GGUUUGAGAGCUCAAUGGGCAAACACGGUGUCCUGAUGUGCUGGUGCACGCUGUUUCUCUGGCAAGUUUUUGUAAUACCACAGGAUUCUUGAAGUUUUGGGUAGAAGUUACCGCUGCUGCUAUUUGUGCGUGUUUCAGCUGCCACAGGUUAUACUUGUCAUCCUUUCUCAUCUCAAAAGAGUGUCUCAGACAACGUGCCGUUUGUGGGGAUCCAAAAAUUCAUGUAACUCUUCCGGUGGUCCCAUCCUGUUCAAACAGAUCUCUCUCCUCUUACAUCCAGUCUGCCCUCUCCUACAUACACACACCUCCCCUCAUACUGGCCCCAUUCUCAUCUGUUAGCUCUGGCCUCCUGUUCCCUGUCUCUUUUACCUGUCCAAGAAGGACGUGUCUUUUUCUUUUUUUUUUCUGGCCAGAUUUGACCCCAUACUGUCACUGCACCGUUCCCUCACUCUCAUAAACCUUAUGUUCCCCUCAUGGGCACCAUAUCAGACAACAGUCCCACAUUCCCUUCAUCAUCACUGAGAACCUCUCUCCGCCCCUAACCGCCUCGCCAACACUAACAUCCACACGACCCAAUGGAGACAAAAGACAUGAUGAUGACGAGCAUGUUGACAAUGGACAAGGGGGAGAAUGAAGCAGGGAAGGACAAAGUGAAAGAGGAGGUGGGGGGAGACGAAGAAGGGACACAGCAAGAAAAUGGUAGACUGAUGCUGUCUGACAGUGUCCCAGAGAAAGGAACCAAGAGUCUGAACUCCAGCUCUGGUCAACAGGUGUCCAAUGGUUUCACUACUUCCACUCCUCAGAGCCCCAAAGAGGGACCAGGGACUGAGGCUUCCUCUGGGGGUAUGGCUUCUGCACAAGGAGGUGGCACUGGGUCCUCUGCGCCACUGGGAGGCUUCAGGACCCUGGUGGUCCAACAAACCAGCUUGGAGAGGCCCAGAGAAACCUGGAGCAAGAAGAUGGACUUCUUGCUCUCUGUGAUCGGCUAUGCCGUAGACCUGGGAAAUGUCUGGCGUUUCCCUUACAUCUGCUACCAAAAUGGAGGAGGUGCCUUUUUGCUGCCCUACAUGUUGAUGGCGGUGUUUGGAGGUGUGCCUCUCUUCUACAUGGAGCUGGCUCUCGGACAGUUCCACCGUAGCGGCUGCAUCUCCAUCUGGAAACACAUCUGUCCCAUCUUCAAAGGCAUAGGCUUUGCCAUCUGCAUCAUAGCCCUCUACGUUGCAUUCUACUACAACACCAUCAUGGCCUGGGCUUUGUACUAUCUAUUAUCGUCGUUCCGGUCCACCCUGCCCUGGGCCACCUGCAACAACGAGUGGAACACACACAGCUGCCACAGCUACAUGUACACCGACCGAAAUGUGUCGUGGACCAACUCCUCUACCUCCCCCGCCGAGGAGUUCUAUACUCGACAGGUGUUGCAGGUCCACCUCUCUGAAGGUCUGCACCAGUUGGGCUCUGUUAGCUGGCAGUUGGCCCUCUGCCUGCUCUUCAUCUUCACCAUCGUCUACUUCAGCAUCUGGAAGGGAGUCAAGACGUCUGGAAAGGUAGUUUGGGUGACUGCUACCUUUCCCUAUCUGGUCCUCCUGGUGUUGCUCGUCCGUGGGGCCACUCUGCCAGGGGCCUGGAGGGGUGUGGUUUUCUAUCUCAAACCUGAUUGGGAGAAACUUCUCAGCACUACAGUGUGGAUUGAUGCAGCAGCUCAGAUCUUCUUCUCUCUGGGUCCGGGGUUUGGCGUUCUACUUGCCUUUGCCAGCUACAACCCGUUUCACAACAACUGCUACAAAGACGCUUUGGUCACCAGCUCUGUGAACUGCCUGACGAGCUUUCUGUCUGGCUUUGUCAUCUUUACUGUACUGGGCUACAUGGCUGAGAUGAGGCACCAGGAUGUGGGUGCUGUAGCAAAGGAUGCCGGUCCCAGUCUGUUGUUCAUUAUUUAUGCAGAAGCCAUAACAAACAUGCCUGGUGCCACUUUCUUUGCCAUCAUCUUCUUCCUCAUGAUCAUCAUGUUGGGUCUGGAUAGCACGUUUGCAGGGUUGGAGGGAGUGAUCACAGCUAUGCUUGAUGAGUUCCCCAAUUUACUGGCUAAGAGACGAGAAUGGUUUGUCCUUGGCCUUGUGUGUGUCUGCUACCUGGGGGCUCUUUCCACACUCACAAAUGGAGGAGCUUUUGUUGUGAAGCUGUUUGAAGAGUAUGCCACAGGUCCUGCAGUCAUCACUGUGGUCCUGCUCGAAGUCAUCGCUGUUUCCUGGUUCUAUGGUACCAACCGUUUCUGUAAUGACAUCCAUCUCAUGCUUGGUUUCUACCCGGGUUGGUUCUGGAGGAUCUGCUGGGUGGCCAUCUGUCCCUGCUUUCUCCUGUUCAUCAUCAUCAGUUUCCUGGCCUUCCCUCCAGAUGUCAAGUUGUUUCACUACCACUACCCUCCAUGGACCACCGUCCUGGGCUACUGCAUUGGGGUGUCUUCAUUCAUCUGUGUGCCUGCCUACAUGGUUUACUACUUGCUCAGUGCCAAGGGCACAUUCAAACAGCGCCUGUUAAAGAGUAUCACUCCAGAGCCCAGCAGUAACCAACACAGAGACUUCAUUGUCACCAACGCAAUCUGACAAAACCCUGACCAAAUGAAGGUGGUGCUCUAACUACCUAGAGCGCUCUCUUCUGGUCAUACUGAAAAACUACAGGACAAGGGGGCUACCUUUCACCGUCUUUGCCUCUUUUCACACAUCUCCUACACCUGUUCAUCUUUCUCACACCGAAAUCUAGAGAUAAAGGUGGAGUUAGAUGGAGCCAGGCUGUAGUAGUUUAGUUUAGCUUGGGUUUGUUCAGUUCCUGAUGUUGGUUCAGUUUUGCGGCGGUCUUCAGCUGCAAAGCACAGAGCUUCUUUUCAGUAUUUUCAGCAUUCACAUCUUUCUUUAAAAAAAAUGUGGCACCUAAGUUAUUUAGUGACCACCCGUUUCUUCAGGUUAUACAGUCUUACAGAUAUUUUAUACAAUUAUAUAAAUUAUGAUACAAUCAGUGUUCAUGUAGACAAUAUAACAUGCUUUCAAACUGGAGAUACUGCACAUUGCGAUGAUUUCAGUUGGGGAAGGCUUAGAUAGUUAACUUUCAAUCCACACAUCAUUUUUAUGGUUGUAUUUUCAUAUUGUGCUGUUAAGUUGCAUUCUGAUAUGUAGCAAAAUUCAGGUAUCUUUUAACAUCUGUUACUGAAGCCAAAUAUAUCUGUUCUGUUUAUAUUUCUAAAGAUGUUUCAAUAUUGUAGUUGUGUUCUGUUAGGUAUUGACUGACAGCCUGUGUUUAUUUGGUGGCAUCUCGGACGAAGGACGGAUUUGCAAUGAGUUCCCUUACACUGUGAAGCAUUGUCUGUUGGUGACUUGAAUGUGUAAGUGUGUGGCCAUGUGUGUGUGUGUGUGUGCUUGACUCUGUGUGUGUGUGUGUAAAACGACGACUGUUAUGUCCACUAAAAAAAAAAAGAAGAAGAAGGCGGAACCACUCUGUUGAGCAUGUGUUUUCAUUCUAUAACUGCAAUAUAAGAUGUUUUAAGAUAAGAUUAUUUCAGAAUGUAUCAUUGCUGUCAUUUUGACCUUCCACACUUCAAUAUGACAUACUAUUAUGAUACAUAGUGCUGAUUUUCUUUGUUUAAUCAUGGUGAUGUUCUGCAUAGAAACCAAAUAUGGAUCAGAGCUAAUAACAUUUCCAGUGUCAUAGUCUGAAAAUCAGCGUUACUACUCUUUACUUUCUACCAAAAAUCAGUGAGUUUGGGUGUGUAUGCACAUGCCUGUGUGUGUGUGUGUGUGUGUGUGUGUGUGUGUGUGUGUGUGUGUGUGUGUGUGUGCGUUUGUGCUGGAAACAGAGAGAGUGUAUGUAUGUAUCUGUGUGUAUGUAGGAGCAGGAGUUAAAAUAUGGCGAGUACUGUACAUCUACAUGUGUAUUUACUAGUCAGUCUGGUAUUGGUGUAAUCUAUCCUGUGAAUACCUGUCUCCUUCCCUUACGGAUGUAUGAAUGUGUGUGUGUGUUUAGUACUCAUGUGUCAGUGUGUGUGUGUGUGUGUGUGUGUGUGUGUGCACCUUGGUUAGUAUGUCGGUGCACAGUAUGAUUGUCAGUUGAUCAAAAAGGUUUAGAGGUAUUCAGCCCCUUUAUGUGUGCAUGCUGUGAUGUGUGUGUAUACUGUACUUCAAAUGUGUGUGUGUGUGUGUGUGUGUAUGUGCGCGUGUGCGUGUGUUUGUGAUGUGAUCUCCUGUUGUCUUGUUAACUGCCAAAAUAUCCUAUGAAGGAAUUAAACUCCCUCUUGCCUCUCUCUCUCGUACCUCUCAAGCUUAUAUAAGAUCUAUGUAUGUCAAUAAAAGACUGUAUUGAGAAAUACACCUGUAUAGAUUAAAGAUAUAUAAAUAUAUGGGAAAUGACAGAUAAUAAAGAUAUAUGGAAAUAAAUAAUAACCUCUA